UGAUGUUGUGUUUGUUAUGUUGUGUGUGUUUCCCGGUUGUUGUUUUUUUUUCAUCUAUCUCCUGGUGGGCUCCUCCCACCGAGGAAGUCGUUCCUCGAGCGCGUACACGUUUCCAGCUGUUAGUAAGGUUCCGAGCAGAUGCCGAGUUCUCUAUCGUAGGUGCUGCGCUCGUGCUGCUCUCGGGAUGCUGUACAUGCACGCUGUGGCCGCUCUGCUCGCCUUAUCAUGCGUCCUGAAAGAGACUGAAGCCUGGGGAUACAAGAAUGGAAUUCUUCACAACUCCAUCUGGCUUGAACAAGCGGCUGGGGUGUACCACCGGGAAUCCCGCAAAGGGAGAUACCAGCUGUCAUAUAAGGAGGCCAAAGCUGUGUGCAAGUUUGAAGGGGGUUCCCUAGCUACUUAUGAUCAACUUGAAGCUGCCAGACAAAUAGGCUUUCAUGUCUGUGCAGCUGGGUGGUUUGAUAAAGGUCGUGUGGGCUAUCCGAUUGUGAAACCUGGAGUCAACUGUGGAUAUGGAAAGGUUGGGAUUAUUGAUUAUGGUUAUCGUCUAAACAAAAGUGAGAAGUGGGACGUCUACUGCUACAACCCUAAUUCAAAAGAGUGUGGAGGUGUGCAUACAGAGCAGGAAAAGUAUCUCCAGUCACCAGGUUAUCCAGAUGAGUAUCCUGAUGGGCAGAUCUGCUAUUGGCACAUUCGUGUGCGCUAUGGCCAGAGGAUUCGUCUGCAGUUCCUUGAUUUUGAUGUGGAGGAUGACGUAGGCUGCAUCAGUGAUUAUCUGGAAAUCUUUGAUAGCUAUGAUGAUGUCUCAGGUUUUGCUGGAAGGUACUGUGGGGAUGAUCUACCUGAAGACUUUCUUAGCACAGGUAAUGUUAUGACGCUAAAGUUCCUUGCUGAUUCAUCUGUGUCUGCUGGCGGUUUCAGGCUACAGUACACUGCAGUUGCUUCUUCUACGAUCUCACCCAAUGACACAAACACUUACACUUGACCACUUUAAUAGAUGUUGGUUUAUCAGAGUAUUAGUUAGGUUAUGUGUUUACAAAUUAGUAAUCCACCAUUUACAGACAUGUAGAGGACAGUAAACUUCUUUUGUACUUAAUUUGUAGUUUUAUUUAUUUCGGGUUUUUUUUAUUGUUUUGAUUAUUAAAGAGUAAAAUAAUAACAACUGAUCUGAAAAUUAUUAAAGGCUUUUAAUAUUAGCUAUUGACCAAAAACACUUGUACCACAGAUCUUGUUUCUGAAAUCCUGUUUUGGAAGUCCAAUGACAAGUUUUUACAAUGUUUCUAAACUGGAAUGACCUUUUAUGUGUCAGUGUUUUGUACUGAAUUGGACUGCGUUAUGCAUUAAGUUUCAAUUAAAUAUGUUUUACAGCA